GUUGAACCAUACGGACAAAAGUUUGGACUCAGAUACCAUGAAUCCAGACAUUCUUUCCGUGUGGGAAAUCAUUCGUGGGUAGCAACGUGUCGAGUUGGAAGCGCCGGGCCGGCUGCGAGGAACGGGGGCGGAUUGGACAGGGGGGUCUCGUUUCGCCGCCUGUACAUACGCACAUGGCUGUGCGUUGCUUUUCUUGACUCGCGAUAGAAUGUAGUCAGCGCCAGCACGAUGCUGGUGAUUGGUGCGGACGGUGCGCCCGCCCACGCGUCGAGCGCCACCGCCCCCCGGCCGACCUCCUCCGGCGGGCCCAGCCACCGACCCAGCAUGGCAAGGCAAGGCAGCCGCACGAGCGAGCGAGUGGUCAGGUCGAGGUUUGAGUGCUGUUGGCACUAUUUGCUGCUAGCCUGAGCAGCUGCUCCGGAGGCCGGCCGGCCUGAGUGUGCUCGCCACUGUUGCAGAGUGCCCAGUGGUGUGCCGCCUGCCCUGUACAAACUGCUACAAAGAGGAGUCCACCUGCGCCCGACUCGAAUGGCAUCCCGUCCCCUCUCCCACCUGUCCUCCCCCGCGCCGCGUCUGCUUCCCUCGUCCUCGAGACAUGGCGCCCUGCGCGUCCCCGUCCGCCCUCGCGCUCACCGCCAGCACGCGGGUCAGCAGCAGCCUCCAACUGACGCUGGCCUCGCCGCGGCCGCGGCCGGAGGCGCGUGUGCCGCGCGCGCCCGGCGCCCAGCUCCGCCCGUUGACCGCGUGCUCUUGGCCGCGCCGCCCCUUGCUGCCCGAGCUCGCGGCGGCCGGCGGCGGCGCCCGUGGUACCGGCAGGGCGCAGCCGCUGUUCCGGCCUCGCGCAUUGAUGACGACGUCUCAGAUUGCCAGCUGUGCCUUCACCCUGGGCACCGUCGCCGUCCUCCCCUUCUACACCCUCAUGGUCGUCGCCCCCAACGCCGACAUCACCAAGCGCACCGUGGAGAGCAGCGCUCCCUACGUCGCCUUAGGCCUCCUCUACGCCUACCUGCUCUACCUGUCCUGGACCCCCGACACCCUGCGCGCCAUGUUCGCCAGCAAGUACUGGCUCCCUGAGUUGCCGGGCAUCGUUAGGAUGUUUGCGAGCGAGAUGACCGUCGCCUCUGCCUGGAUCCACCUCCUAGCAGUCGACCUCUUUGCGGCAAGGCAGGUGUACCACGACGGCCUCAAGAACAACAUCGAGACGAGGCAUUCGGUCUCGCUGUGCCUGCUCUUCUGCCCGGUUGGGAUCCUGGCUCAUGUGGUGACCAAGGUAUUGACAGGGGCAGUUGGCCGCUCACAUUGAUGAUUGGAAUUGGGUGGUUGUAUCUAGGAUUCCAUUGUUUAGCUGGUGGAUUUUAUUUGAUCUGGAUAUGAAUAAAAUUGGUUCAAGGCA